AUGUCCACCCCGGUCUCCCCGUCCCCGAUGCUCUCUCCUCUGAACCUGGCCUCCCCCACCUCCCCCUCGUCGGCUGGAACGUCCCCCCUCCCCUCGCCGCUGUCGCCCCCUCCGCGCGUCCCCGUGUUCCAGAGGAAGGGGGCGCUCAAACACAAGCGCAUCGUUGAGGUGAAAGAUCAUCAGUUCACCGCGCGUUUCUUCAAGCAGCCCACGUUCUGCAGCCACUGUACUGACUUCAUCUGGGGCAUCGGCAAACAGGGAUUCCAAUGUCAAGUCUGCAGUUUUGUCGUGCACAAAAGAUGCCACGAGUUUGUGACCUUCACUUGCCCCGGCUCGGUGACGGCGCCCAGACCAGAUGACCUGAAAAGCCGACACACGUUUAAAAUCCACACAUACUCCAGUCCCACGUUCUGUGACCACUGCGGCUCUCUGCUCUACGGGCUCAUUCACCAGGGCAUGAAGUGCUCCAGUUGUGACAUGAACGUGCACCGGCGCUGUGAGACCAGUGUUCCCAGUCUGUGCGGACAGGACCACACGGAGAAGAGAGGGAGGAUCCACCUGACCAUCCGCGGAGAGAAGGAGGACGUCUACGUCACAGUGAGGGAGGCUCGUAACCUGAUGCCCAUGGACCCUAAUGGCCUGUCAGACCCCUACGUUAAACUCAAAUUGAUUCCGGACCCAAAGAGCCACAGCAAACAGAAGACCAAGACCAUCCGCUCCACUCUCAAUCCCGUCUGGAAUGAGAGCUUCACCUUCUCAGUGCGCGGACACCAGUGGGACCGCCGCCUGUCAGUGGAGGUAUGGGACUGGGACCGCACUUCCCGUAAUGACUUCAUGGGGGCGCUGUCGUUUGGAGUGAGUGAGAUUUUCAGACGGCCCAUUUGCGGCUGGUUCAAACUUUUGGCCCAGGAUGAAGGAGAGUACUACAACAUCCCCGUGCCCGACCCAGAUCUCCAGGAACCUCAGCCAGAUGCCCUGUCGCCCUUACCCCCCAUCGCACCUGUCUCCCUGUCAGAGAGCACCCCGGGGCCCCUGUCUCCCUCCUCCAUCGCCCUGCACCCCUGUGUCCCGGUGCACUGUCCCAGCCCAGGCAAACACAAGGUCACCAUCCACGACUUCAACUUCCUCAUGGUGCUGGGCAAAGGCAGCUUCGGGAAGGUGCUGCUGGCGGAGGAGAGGGGCAGCGAGCGCUUGUUUGCGGUGAAGGUUCUGAAGAAGGACGUUCUGCUCCAGGAUGAGGACACGGAGAGCGCCAUGGUGGAGCGGAGGGUCCUGGGUCUGUCCUCACGGCCACACUUCCUCACUGCCCUGUACUGCGCCUUCCAGACAGAGGACCGGCUCUACUACGUGAUGGAGUACGUGAACGGAGGAGACCUGAUGUUUCAUAUCCAGAUGGUCGGGAAGUUCAAAGAGCCUCAUGCGGCAUUCUACGCAGCCGAGAUCGCCCUGGGACUGUUCUUCCUCCACAGCAAAGGAAUCAUCUACAGGGAUCUGAAGCUGGAUAACGUUCUCCUGGACAGCGAGGGCCACAUAAAGAUCGCUGACUUCGGCAUGUGCAGGGAGGGCAUGUUUGAAGGGGACACCACGCGGACCUUCUGUGGGACGCCUGAUUACAUCGCUCCAGAGAUCGUGGCGUAUCAGCCGUAUAACAAAGCAGUGGACUGGUGGUCGUACGGCGUUCUACUGUACGAGAUGUUAGCGGGACAGCCUCCGUUCGACGGCAUUGACGAGGAGGAGUUGUUCCAGUCCAUCAUGGAGCAGAGCGUCGUGUAUCCCAAAAGUCUGUCUCGUGAAGCUGUGGCCAUCUGCAAAGGACUCCUGACCAAACACCCGGCCAAGCGUCUGGGCGGAGCGGAGGACGGAGAGCGGGAUAUCCGGGAGCACCUGUUCUUCCGUUGGGUCGACUGGGAGCGGCUGGAGCGGCUGGAGAUCCCGCCCCCUUUCAAGCCCAGAGCUGGCGGCAAAAAAGGCGAGAACUUCGAUCAGUUUUUCACGGGCGCUCCAGCCGUGCUCACUCCCUCCGACCCCGAUGUCCUCGCCGCCAUCAACCAGGAGGAUUUCGAAGGCUUCUCGUACCAGAAUCCAGACUACGCUCCGUCUCCGCUCACCGCUGUUUGAGAACGCCUCACCUGUCACCCGUCACCUGUCACCCGCCCUGUACUCCUCCUCCUCAUUUACUAGUUUUCUAUUAGACUAUUUAACCACUUAUUACAAUAUUCGCAGAGUUUAAUAUAGCGAAGAUUCAUCACUUGUCUAACAGAGCUGGCGAUUCGUUAAAGAGGGGGUAUUAUUACGCUAAAUCAACUUUUUUGGAGCUUUCUACAAGACAUCGACUGAUAUUUUUGGCUGUUUUCAUGGCCAAUGUCGAUACCGAUUGCUUAGAAUCCAUAGCAACCGAUGGCGAAUAAGGUUUGUCGACAUUUUUGAGCCGAUAUAUUCGUUCGAUUUUAAUUAUUUUGCCCAAAACGUUGUAUUUUAAAUUGACUACAAGCUCCCCCGCAGCCACGUUACCCAAAAAACUUAUUAAAAAGCUGUGUGGUUGUGUUUUCUGCAGCUUUUUCUUCGCUUUAAUGAGUUAAAAUCCAGCCCGGGUCUGUGUCUACGUCUAAAACAGCGUUAGACCUCAUUAAAAACACGUCUGGAGUGGUUUUCUAGAUCAUUUGUACAUGUUUGAUUAUACGAGACCACGCAGAACAGCAAGUAACAGAGACAGGAACGCCAAAAACGAAACUGAAACGAGUACGAUUACGAAAACGCAAACGUGCUGAUUUAUGCUUUGAUACGUUAAUGUAAUACUCCCUCUUUGACGUUUGUGCUGCAAGUCUGGAAGAGUUUACCUUAUUUAAAUCAUACGCAAGUAAUUAAACGUCUUUUAUUAUGAUGACCACAGGAAAAAAUAUUCAUAGAAGUAUUCUGAGCUAGUUUUCUAAGACCAAAGUAUAGACAUAAACCAUUUCCCCAAUUUCCGAGACUCCAUUUUAGCUAAACAAACAUGACUUCUUUAAUUAUCU